AUGGUAAUGCUGGCUGUAUACAUAGAUGAUCUACUUGUCAUUGGCACAACAAUGUCUCAUGUUAGGUCUGUCAGACAACAACUAUCUAGUGUCUUCUGUAUAACAGAUCAAGGGAAUUUUUUUUUGCAUAUCAUCAGCAUGAACAUCAAGUAUGAUCAUGAAGCACAUACACUCUCAAUUGAUCAAAGCAGGUACAUCAAAGAAAUCUUGGAAAAGUUCAGUAUGAGCGACGCUUGGACAUGUCAUAGGAACAGGCCGAUGGGUUAUGGGGAAGCAACAGGAGGCUUGGUAGAGAAGGUCUCCAUUGUCAAGGGUAAGGUUAGGACAACAGGAAAGGUUUCAUGUGCAAAGAGAGGGUCCAAGUUCAGCCAAGAAGAGGACCAAGCUCAGGAGCAUGUGUCACAAGGGAGGCUGCAUGGACAGGAGUGGGACAAUAAGGGUGUUCACACAGUCAGGGAGGGCCACCAGAUAGGGGCCAAGAGAAUGGUCAUGGAUUGA